AUGGCUUGCUCCUCUGCCCCUCCUCGACGGCGGGACCCUGCGGGAGCUCUCAAGCGCUCAACCAAUUCGGACAUCCGCUCGGUCGUAGGCACCACCGGCUCGUAUUCCUCUGGAGUCUGAGAGGGAUCAGGUGGAUUGUUGUCAGCGUCAUUGUCAAGGUACGGAGAUGGGCAACAUUCGGCGACCGGAGCUGGGACUCCGAGACCAUCGGCAGCAACAAGACUGGCAGGUGCUCGACCGUCGCUGGCGACGGGCACCGACUCAUGCUCGACGAUCGUCGGUGCCAACCUUCAUCAAGUCUGGACCGAACUCGUGCGCACCCGCACCUACGAGACAAACACAGGCCUGUUCGUAGGGACCAAGACUCUACGCGCCCACUAGAAUUUGCGCUACGAACCCGGCACGAGUGUCUCGUCGUUCAUGACCGAGGUCGAGCCUCGUCUCGGGGAACUACUCAUGCAACCGCCAGGAAUUCGCGUUCUGGAAGCAGCACAUCGGCAUCGGAACCGAGGAACUCCAAUCGUUCUACGAUACGAUUGUUCGAGCCCUUGUACAAGAGCGUGGCGAAGCCCUAUUGUCGAAAGUACUUCACGUCGACGAUUUUGCGUUCAAGACCGUCCACCGACCGGCGGCCCGGCAACGAUCUAUAGGGCGAGGCUCGGACCGGUCGGCAGUGUCUCAGCCACUUACGAGUCCUCGGUAG